AUGGCAAUUUCUAAAAACGUGCGUUAUGUGGCAUUUUUAAGUGGUUUUGUUGGUUUACUAGGACUCGCAUUGUAUCCAAUUAUUAUUAGUCCAAUGAUUGAUGUUAGUGAAUACAAAGAAAUACAAAAAGAGACAAGGAAAAAUAUAAAACAAGAAGAUAUUCAACCUGGAAAUAUGAAGGUCUGGUCAGAUCCAUUUGGGCGCAAAAAGGAAAGUGAA